AAAUAAACAUGUAUUACUACUCCAAAACUGCUUAAAAAAUUCAUAGGAUCAGCCACAAAAAUGCGCUCUAUACAAAAUGUCACUUCCUUCAAAAGAUACUUUAUAACUUUUCGACUAUUCGACAGCACGAAGAUAGAUCUUCUUAUAUCACGCGUACAGACUGACUCGUCACAUACAUAAUCAGUUUGUUUUUGACUCCAAGAUAAUAGCAUCACAUAUAUUUUGAAAAGUAAAGAUGUUUAAGAAUUCUGUUGCACUUGUAACCGGUGGAGGAAGUGGAUUGGGACGUGCUGUGGUUGAACGUUUUGUUAGAUCCGGUACUAAAGUUGUUAUUGGUGAUUUAAAAACAUCUCCAGGCGAUCAAUUGGCUAAGGAUAUUGGAAAUGAUACAGUGUUCGUACCAAUGGAUGUCACAUCCGAACAAGAUGUUAAUGAAGCACUUAAUGUUGCUAAAAGUAAAUUCGGUCGCCUUGAUGUGGCUGUAAACUGCGCAGGAAUUGCCGUUGCUAUUAAGACAUAUAACUUCAAUAAGAAGACCGCACAUAGUUUAGAGGCAUUUAGCAAAGUCAUUCAGGUCAAUACUAUUGGUACGUUUAAUGUGACUCGUUUAGCUGCUGGCUUAAUGGGGCAAAAUGAAGGUGAUAAAGAUGGACAGCGUGGAGUGAUCAUUAACACUGCAUCUGUAGCUGCUUAUGAUGGUCAAAUUGGUCAGGCUGCAUAUGCUGCUUCAAAAGCUGCUGUCGUUGGAAUGACUUUGCCAAUUGCAAGAGAUUUAUCGACUCAGGGAAUUAGAGUUUGCACAAUCGCACCAGGCAUGUUUGAUACACCAAUGUUACAGGCUUUACCAGAUAAAGUUCGUGCCUUUUUAGCCAAAACUGUUCCCUUCCCACAACGCCUUGGAGAUCCAGAAGAAUUUGCUCAAUUGGUUGAAGCUAUCGUUAAUAACUCAAUGUUGAACGGAGAAGUUAUUCGUUUGGAUGGUGCAUUAAGAAUGAUGCCUUAAAUUUUGACUCGAACGAAAAUUUUAUUCUACUUUUCUGUCAGAUGACAGUCUUACGUGCAUUUACUUAAUAUCUUUAAAAGAUUCAUGAUAUUCAGUUUUGACUUACCUCAAAUAAAAAUCGUACAAAAUUAUUAA